AUGACAAAAAAUACUCGCUCUAAAAACUCGCAAAUCAAUGAUUCUUGCUUGGUGACAUCAUUAAGUGUAGAAAAUCUCCGUGAAAUCAUCGAGGAAAUAGUAAAAACGAGAACAAAUGAGCUUGUAGAAAAUAUCCAGUGCCUACUUAAAGAAGUAUCCGACUUAAAGGAACAAUCGGCGAUCGAAGAUAAAAGUGAGGCCAAUAAUCAAAAUACUAUCAUUGUAUCCAACCAAAAAAUCGAUAAGAAAAAAAGACGAUUAGAGGUGAAGAUACCGGAGCGUCAGAAAAAUACACAGCAGCGACAGUCUAUCGUCAAGAAAAAACAAAAAAAUGCAAUUAUUGGGAACGGGGAUGCCGACUUGAAUUUUGCUGGGGCAGCAAGAAGAAUUUGGUUGCAUCUAGGAAGAGAAUUUAUUAUCGAGUCAUUAUCACAUGAUACGCAGAGGAAUGGGUCGUUUAAAAUUGGGGCCGACAUGGAUCUCAAAGAUAUUCUGUAUUCAGCUAACUUCUGGCCAAAAAAUCCAUACUGUGUCGAAAUGCAUGCAGAGUUCUGUGGGGUCGAGGUCCCUCGAGCUAAAACAAUUAUUAUCACAGUUUACAGACCAUCAACUUCACGUCAUUUUCAAAUACUCUUAGACAAACUUGAAGAAAUACUAAGUUCAUUAGCUACAAGAACUAAUUAUUUAGUUCUGAUUGGUGAUUUCAUUAAGGACAUUCUAAUUAAAUCGGCCGAAAUUCACGCCUUACUUGAUCUUGCCGAAUCAUUUGGACUAAAAGCUAAAAUAAUGGAUCCUACUAGAGUUUCUAAAUGGACAGCAACCACCGUUGACAAUAUUAUCACCGAUUUGAGUGAUGAUUCGUGCUCGUUUGGAAUAUUGGAACCAGGAUUAUCUGAUCACAGUGGUCAAUAUAUUUGUCUUCACGCAGUCAGUAAUAUCGUCCGUAACAAUUAUUAUUUUAGCAGACCAGUAAAUGAUAUGGGUCUAAGCAAAUUACGUGAUCAUCUCAUAUCCGUGGAUUGGUUAUCUAUGCAAACCAAUUGUGAUGUUAACACUUUUGCUACAUACCUAGUUACAACAUAUCAGCGAUUGAUCAAACUCUGUUUUCCGCUAAAAAAACGUAUCAUAUCCAACAAAUGUACCAUCAGCUGGUUUAACGACGACUUGCGACGUAUGAGGGAUUCAAUUGCUGCGAUCAAAAUAAUUUCUGACUGUACCCAAGACCUUAGUGAUAAAAAAGCAUACCAACAAGCAAGAUCCCUUUAUAAAAAAUCCAUAAUGAAUGCUAAACAAAACGCAUACAGCUCGUACAUUGCUCAGUCUGAUAAUAUUCCCAAAGACAGCUGGCGAUUUAUCAACUGCUUGCGAAAUAAAAAUAAAAAUAACUCCAAUCAGAAAAACACAAAAUUUGACGCUAAUGAAUUUAACAGUUAUUUUUCCAAUAUAGCUGAUGAAAUUCUAAAAGGGAUCGACAAAACUGACGUACGUACACCGGAUAUUUUGUUGAAUACCAUGCCUAAAAUUUGUAAUAAUUUUUUCUUAGAGCCUACAUGUGAUAACGAAAUUUCAAAUAUUAUCAACAACCUAAAGAACUCCAACUGCACCGACGUAUACGGUAUCAAUUCUAAAAUUCUAAAAGAGACCGUGAGUUUAAUAUUAACACCUCUGACUAACUUUUUUAACGAAUGUCUUGGAAGUGGGGUGUUUCCUGACAGCUUGAAAUUUAGCAAAAUUAUACCUAUCCAGAAAAAGGGCGAUGCGGCUCUGCUUGACAAUUAUAGACCCAUUAUCAUUAUCCCAAUAUUUGGCAAAGUUUUAGAAAUACUAAUUAAAUCACGACUGACCAAAUAUUUUGAGAAAUUUCGCGUAAUCAACGAAGCACAAUUUGGCUUCAGAUCAGGCAAAGCAACAACGCAGGCCUUAUUACGAGUUAUGGAACUUGUAGUCGACGGUUUAGAAAAUAGUGAAAUUAAUAUGGUCACACUUUGCGAUCUAAGCAAAGCCUUUGACUGUGUCAGUCAUACCACGCUAAUGACAAAACUGGAAUUCUAUGGUGUUAGAGGCAUUCCACACAAGCUCUUUUCUUCGUAUUUAUCUAAUAGAAAGCAAUGUUCGGCAGUGAAUAACAUGCAAUCCGCGUUUACAACAGUAAAACAUGGUGUUCCGCAAGGGUCCGUUUUAGGGCCCCUGCUUUUUAUUAUUUAUACAAACGAUUUCUAUAAUUUUAUAAACAAGAAAGCAAAUUGUGUGCUAUACGCCGAUGAUACCUCACUAAUCACGUCAGAUCGUUGUAUUAACAGUUUACUAAACAAAGCCGAAACAGCGCAAAAAUAUGCAGACAUCUGGUUUGCCUCUAACUCUCUAAAACUUAAUAAAAAUAAAACACAAGAAAUCUUAAAUAUCAUCCAAUAG